CAUUCCUGCAACCUCUUCCUCUUCUUCUUCUUCUUCUUCUUCUUCUUUUUCUUCUUCUUCUUCUAAGGACUGUGCUCUCUGAAUAGAAUCAAUCGCCAUACACUUCAAAGGUUACUCUUGAGCUCGCAAAGCUGGCUAUUGCAAACCAUAAUCACCAGUUCAACUUCGGGGCCAUCAAGGCCAAUCACAAGAAAGUCAUGGGGCCGAUGAUCAGGACAGAGGAUGAGUAUCUGGGUCCGCCAUGGCUAAUGCCGAUGCUUCGAGCGAGUUACUUCGUGCCCUGUUCCAUCCACGCCGAUUCCAACAAGAGCGAAUGCAACAUGUUCUGUCUCGAUUGCACCGGAAAUGCCUUCUGUUCUUACUGUUUGAUCAAACACAGAGACCACCGUGUCGUUCAGAUAAGGAGAUCUUCGUACCACAACGUGGUGAGAGUGAACGAGAUUCAGAAGUACAUAGACAUCUCGUGUGUUCAGACAUACAUCAUAAACAGCGCCAAGAUCGUGUUCUUGAACGAACGGCCUCAGCCCAGAAUCGGAAAAGGGGUUACCAACACUUGCGAAAUCUGUUGCAGAAGCCUCCUUGAUUCUUUCCGCUUCUGUUCCCUCGGUUGCAAGCUGGGAGGGAUGAAGAGGGGAGACGCGAGCCUAACCUUCUCUCUGAGAGGGAAGCACGGGAGGGACUACCAAGGAGGGUCGGAGUCAGAUGAGGCGACCACACCGACCAAGAUCCGCAAGACGAGCGCUUUCAACCGUCUGAUGAACGGCCUCUCGAUCUCCACCGUCCGAUGCAACAUCAUUGGAGAGGGAGGGUUAGAUCAACGGUCCUCGAGCUCCGGCGAUGAGGGCUGUCUGAAUCUUUCUCCGGGAACUCCUCCGAUCUACAACCACCGCAAUUCUAGCCGGCGGAAGGGUGUUCCACAUCGUGCUCCGUUUUAAAAUAAUUACAUUUCACCCCCUACAUUAGAACCAUAUUAAUAUAAUUAUAAUAUAUAGUUUUUUAGAAUAUGGGUCAUAAGGUUAGAUUAUACAGUAAGGUCUCUUAUUAUAUUUGUUCUGAAAAAAAAUGUUAGAUCAGAUGAUUGGAGUGAAACCAAUCACAUAAUGUAAAUGGCAAUAGGAAGAAGAAAGAAUGUAUCUCUUUUUUUUUUUUUUUGCCUUUUAGAUUAGUUUUUGAAGCAAGAAAGGGUAUACAUACAUUUUGGUUUUUUAAUGUAUAAUUAAAUAGCAAGAAUUAGGGUAUACUGAAAAAAGGUUGAUGUAGCAUUUGUAGUAAAUCCACGCUUAUGUAUAAUGUACAUUAGAUUUUGUCCGUACAAAUAAUAUCAAGUUUAUAGAUGUA